GUCAUACUCACGAGUCGUCUGGACAGAGAGCAGUUGCCUUUCCACAGGUUAGUCGAUUUUUAAACAUUUUUAAUAUAUUUGUUUACAUAUCCUGAGUUUGAUUGAACUAAAUUUGAUUAUUCAUAUGCUUUAAAUUGUUUUCAAUAUGUGUUACAUUCCAUUUAACAUUCUUUCAUUAAACAUUUCGUAUUUGCUAAUGAAAAACUGUUCUAAGUGUUAUGGAAAACCCAGACGGGAGACUGGAUGCAUAAAAUAAAACUAUCUUGUUAACCCUUUAAUAGCUGCAAUUUCUGCAAACGUUCCUCAACUUUUCUCCCAGGGUUUCCUCCCACAUGUUCAAUUAACAUACACGAUGUUGGGCUGAGUUAAUUAUCUCGGGUUUGCAUAAUCACAAAGACAUAAGUUAGAACUAGGCUUUUAACCGGGUGCAGUUGUGUGUUGUUGUUGUUUAUUUUAUAAGGAUCCGGACAUUUUCAGAAACUACCCGGUUGGCCCAAGUGUUACAAAAGAAAAGAAAAGUGUAAACUUCGCAUUAUCUAUAAAAGAUGCCGGCCUUCAAACAAUAGUCCUACAGACAGUCCUACACUCAACCUGCCGGCCUUCAAACAAUAGCCCCACAGACAGUCCUACACUCAACCUGCCGGCCUUCAAACAAUAGCCCCACAGACAGUCCUACACUCAACCUGCCGGCCUUCAAACAAUAGCCCCACAGACAGUCCUACACUCAACCUUCCGGCCUUCAAACAAUAGCCCCACAGACAGUCCUACACUCAACCUGCCGGCCAUCAAACAAUAGUCCUACAGAGAGUCCUACACUCAACCUGCCAGCCUUCAAACAAUAGUCCUACAGACAGUCCUACACUAACCCUAACCGGCCUUCAAACAAUAGUCCUGCAGACAGUCCUACACUCAACCUGCCGGCCUUCAAACAAUAGUCCUACUGACAGUCCUACACUCAACCUGCCGGCCUUCAAACAAUAGUCCUACAGACAGUCCAACACUCAACCUGCCGGCCUUCAAACAAUAGUCCUGCAGACAGUCAUACACUCAACCUGACGGCCUUCAAACAAUAGUCCUACAGACAGUCCAAAACUCAACCUGCCGGCCUUCAAACAAUAGUCCUACAGACAGUCCUACACUCAACCUGCCGGCCUUCAAACAGUAGUCCUACAGAAAAUCCUACAACAAAACCGCAGCUCUUUAUUGAUUAACAUAUUAGACGCCUCCGGAAAAAAAAUCCAGCUUAUUCCUGAGUUCCACCAUCUCGCAUGCCGCUUGUUGUUGAUCACUUUUUUUGUUUCACUGAGUAAUAUUAGUAUAAAACAUAUUGCGUAGGGGGAGGGUGGUUAUGAAAAGGAAGCUGCCACGCCAGAAGCCAAAUAUACACAUAAGAGAUACUCUGCUUAGCCAAAAUAAAUGACCACCGCUGGCGGGCGCUUCACUAACUUGAUCACGUGUUGUCCCUCGACAGCAUCACUGUGGUCUGUGUGGACUCGGGCAGCCCUCCACUGAACGCCUCGGCCAACUUCCUCGUCGAGGUGCAAGACGAGAACGACAACCCACCUGUGUUCGACUCACUCUUCUACACCUCUGACGUCACCGAGGGACCGGCCAAAACCGGAGUAGACAGGUACGGAGAUUUAGCUGCUGUUGCAAAUCAGCUUACUUUGCGUUGGUGGUAUGCUGUGUAAUUUCUCACGAUGUUUAUUGUCUGAUUGUGUAAGCUGUCUCAUUAGGCAAACUGUCUGAUUAUGUAAAGUUUCUAAUUGUGUAAACUGUCUCUUGUAUAAUAUACAACAUACACAUACAAUUUACAACAUACAUGUGCAAUUUUACAAUACAAGAAAAUAACUUGGUAUGAAAUUAUUUUUUUUAAUGAAUCUCAAGACAGCUGUAUUCGACACUCUAUAUUCAGAAGGGUAUUGGUACUCAAAGUAGAUAAGUAGAUACUCCAAAGACCCUGGUUGAAAAACAAUGUCUAACUGAAUAAGACUUAAGGAAUAGGUGAAGAAAUUACUGUGCGAACUGACAUCGAAACAGCACAACUGGAGCACAGGCAGGAAAGGAAAGACAAGAUACGCAGAACGACUGUUAAAAGAGAACACACCACAUUAGACACAACAAAAGCUAAAAACACGAUGCGUCCUAGACGCACCAGGGAGCUAAAACAUUAACUAGACAAACAACACAGCCUAGACACACAAGACAACCUUGAAAAAUGCCUUUCCAAUGAGAUAUCUUCUAAUUCCUCUCUCUCUCUCUCUCUCUCUCUCUCUCUCUCUCUCUCUGUACCUCUCAUUCUCUCUCACACCCACUGUCUCUCUCUGUCUGUCCUGUUUUAAAUUCCCCCCUUCUCUUGUCUGUCCACAUUUUUGUGUGCGUUAAUGGGUCAUUAGCGUGCGCACGUCUGCGUCUCUCUACCCCUAAUGAGCACUUCGUGGGGCUUGAGCCUCAAUUUUGAACAAUGCGCGCUGUCUGGGGGGAGAAGAAAGAAUUUAACUUACAAACUGUUCCAUUUCCAUCUUUUUGCCUACAGUCCCCUCCUGCAUGUCCACGCCACCGAUCAAGACACUGGGAUCAAUGCCGUCAUAACAUAUCGCCUGGCCGAUGGCUCCGACACGGACUUUGGCAUCAGCAGGGACGGGGCCAUCUUCGUGGCCAACCCGAGGGGCGUCGACCGCGAGGACAAGGUCAAGGGCACCAGACGAGACAUAAUCGUCCUGGCGAUCGACGGAGGCAGCACCCGGCUGACCGGCACGGCCACGGUUGUCAUCACGGUGCGCGACAUCAACGACAACCC